UCCCAUCUGUGCUGCAAACUUUGCAAACUGAGCAUCAGAAUGAUGACAGGGAUUACUCUGACUCUUCUGUUUCUGGUGUUUCCUCUUCAUAACACAGAAGAAUAUGUUGUCAAUGAGCUGUACACUCUUAUAGAAAAAGGUCAGGGCGGCUUUGUGGACCCUGCCAUGACAAAUCAGACCAGGAUUGUGGUGAAAGAGCCCACACUGCCCAUCAAUGAGCUCCUGGAGAAAAGCAGCAAGACUAGUGAGUCCAAAUUAAACUUCCACCCUCUGCCCUCUUCGGUGUGGCCGAAACACACCAACCUGGCGCCGGUCCUUCGCCACCACAACAAGAGGAAAAAGGCCCACAAGAGUGACCGUUUGAUGGAGCACAACAACGAGAAAAGCAUGGGGGAAGCCGUCGGCCUGCUCCCUAAAACCCAGCAGACCGGAGCUGCAAGCGCCAGCACCAAUCGCACAUCCCAGAGAGCCAACCAGGACAUCCAGACCCCCGUCGGCCCACCUCAGCAGACCGAGUCAGAGGGACACCCCAACUCCAAACCCAGGGCUCCGGUUCAGACACAGACCCAGUCUCAGCCGCAGCAAACAGCUGCUUCCACGCACCGGGAUCCCCCCAACCGAAGACAGGACCCAGAGGAGAACCGGCCAGGGAAGUCCAGCCUCUAUCAGUCUGGACUCAACACGGCGACCUGGAACAACAGCCGCCCACCGGUCUUCUUCAACCGCCGCUCCUCCAGUCUGAUUUACCAGUUUGACAUCCUGAGGCGAGAGGCUGACUACACACACGAUGCUUUCUGCAUGAGUGAGUGCAGGAAGGAGAAGGAUGAGAAGGAAUAUUACUGCUACAGUGAGUUUGCUGUCAAUGGCAUCGUCCACGACAUCGACGUUUUACGUAAAGGAGCACGGCUGAUAACGCUGAUGGUCAGUAGCGACGGCUUCUACAAAAUGAGUCGUCUGUAUGUGACCCCGGAAACCUUCUUCUUUAAAGUUCGCCUCCUGGUCUUGGAUACCUACAAGUGCAGCAAGCCCUGCCCUGAUAUCAAACUUGGUAACAGAUACAUGGUCAUGGGUCAGAUCUACCACCGGAGGCGCCACCUUCCCAGUGACCUCCUGAACCUGCUGGGCGGCAAGCUGAAGUCUGGAGAUGGCUUCUUGCGAAGCAACAACUACGUCAAAAGGUUCAACAAACGGAGACACCAGAAAGCUCUGGAGGCCACCCGCUCCCGAUGUAGAUGAACCAGAGAAAAAGACUUUCGUCCCCUGCUGCAGGACAAGAGACAUUGCAGCUGAUGUUAAUGGGCCUUAACUAACCCCACAGUAUUGGUCAAGACAGAGGACAUGUUCAAUAAGGACAUGGAUGUGUUCUCAUAAUAAGACUGUUGCCAUGUAUCACAGCAUUGACUCAUCUUUUAUCUCUUAAGUUCCCAAAUUACCAGACUGUAGCCUAUUUUGCUACAAGCAGCUUCUGCAAACUGGAUGUCUGUUAUUUCAACAUUUGGAGCUCCAAUUUUGAAUGUUUUUGCUGAAUAUAUCAACGCCUCUCAAACUC